AUGUCUGAAGACGACACUCGAUCUCACAUAGGCGUCGACACAGAAUAUGAACAUGAAUGGACUAAAGAUUCCGGUGGAGGAAAAAUUCGUAGCGCAUUUCACUUGGCUAUUACCACAUUAUCAUUUCUUGCAUUUGGUGGAUAUUUGCUGUGUAUGAUUGUACAAGCAGUGAAGAAUAAAGGCAUGUAUUAUCCAAUGCAACCUCAAACGACCCAAGCCCCGAUGUUUUUAUCGUUUCCUCCGAAAAGAGGACCGCAAAUUGCAAGUUACGGAAGGAAAAGGAGGAGCCAGAAUGGAGGGCCGUCGUAUUCAUCUAUUCACAUACAAAGUGAUGAAUUUACUUUGAAAAACGAUACUGGAAAUUUGUAUUACGAGCCGAUGUUCCAGGGAGGUAUACUAGCUAAUCAGUACGAAAUGUAUAAUGCACUAAUAAUGCUGUCUGAAGGGUUUGCAAAACACUCUGUUAUUUAAAUAUGGAUAUAUUAUAUG